AUGAUGGACGUGUCGCGCGUGCAGAAGGAACUGACGGAAUGCAACAAGGACAAAGGAGUGUCCGGCGUGAGCAUCGAGCUCUACGAAGGAGCCGACGGGCGCGGAAGCCUCUCCCAUCUCCGUGGAACCAUCUCCGGUCCCAUCACCACCCCAUACGAGGGUGGGACCUUCAAGAUCAACAUCCACCUGCCCGGUAUGGAUUGCCACCUCGAGACUAGACAAAUUGCCGCCGUUGGGAGGGUUGAUAGGGUUUUUGAGCCGUCUAUCUUGUUCCUGUUUCCUUUGCAUAAUUUUCUUCAAUGUGGUCCCUCCUCUGUAUGGAAUACUCUUGGUUCUUGGUGUAAUUAGGCGUUGAGUGUUCGAAAUGGUAGAAUUCGAUGUUAUGACAGCAAUACAUGCGUAUAUUCUUCGAUGCAAUCUUUUUUUUCUCGGUAUACAUGCAACUUCGGGCGGACGAUUGAUGGUUAAGGAAUCGUUGUUUGCCCUGCACUUGUAUUCAUCUAUCAAGAACCCCACUGGGAAUUCUUCGCAUGGGUGAUCAAUUUACUUUUGCUUACAUAACUAUUGCCAUCUAAUCAGCUCUAGAUUUCCAUGAAAGAUCCGCUUCAGAAUGCAGACUAUUCAUUUUCCAUUAUAAAAUUCUUACUAUAGUUCCUAAUAGUGUGGGUUUUUUUCUAUCGUAUGUCGUCCGUGCUAAAGGCCAAACAUGCAUGUGGUUGUAAGGAAAGGGGGAUACUCAAGGACGUGAGGCAUUCUUCGAUUGUCCUGAAGUUUUCUUAGCUCCGACAUGGAUUGCGUCGAGAUUAAUUCUGAAAUGAAAAACGGGGACGGGAGGACCAAUAUACAAACCGACAUACGUAUUUACUUCAAAAAAAGGUGAAAGGAGUUAUUCAGAGACACUCGGCAGUUGAGGCAAAUAAUAAAAAUUCUGAAGGGAAGUUAAUUGCACCAUCCAAUACGGAGCUGAAAACCUGAGAGCUAAAUGAUGUGUGGCCUGCAAUCACCAGGAGACAGCUCUUACCAAAGAAAAAAAAAGAAUGCCUGUUGGCAUUGGUUCCAGACUUUAUUUAUGCUCUUAAUCUUUGCUCUAUUUUGACAUAUUUUUCGUUUCUGUACGAUUGAAAUUUUGAAAAAAUUAUCUGUCAUUUUAAGAGAUAAAUGAAUUCGUUCCAGCUGAGGAUAAUUUCAGAAUUCAAGUGUUGCUAGCGCUUAUGGUUUCCUGAAUUGCGGGCAAAAGUACCUUACGCCUUAUUGCUAAACCUUGGAUAGGUCACACCAACAACCUUAUCUUCACGAUAGUAAUGGAAAACCCAUGACUCUUACUUCACGACAUGGCAAGAUCUAUGAACAUUUAAGGAUCAAACCCAUGAUGAGUAAACUGACUGUGCACGCAGCAGGUCUGCUAGACCGAAUUAAAGUCAAAAUCUUCGGAAGGAAAAAGUUUGAUGACCGUUUCUUGGACUAAUGGGGCAGCUCUUGUUCUGUUUCUCAUAAUUCGAGUAUUGGAAAUUUCUCUUUUUCAAUGUCAAGUGAUUGUGGAUGAUCGAAUUUUCCUCAGCCAAGUAACUUUGAAAAACAUUUUUUUUGUUAUGUUGAUAUAAAUAUCAUUGUUAAUGGAUAUCAGCAUAUUUUCCAGUUCCAUGAUUUAUGCGGCUGUCAUAUGCUAAUAAUGUUCUUCUGGUCAUUCAUGCAUAUGCGUUGCCUUUUUCUCCAUAUUUUUGCAAGUUAUCUCUAGUUUGCUUCGUCAUAUAUCGUGCAACAGAUGUUCAACUAAUGGCCUGUCAAUUGUGCGUUUGAAAACUGAAAAAUAAAUAAAUCCUAUUAUUGUCUUGCACGAACAUUUCCUUCAAAUUUUUCUUCCCUAAAAUUGUCUGAAUAAAUGAUUUAUGAUGGAAUUUAAGUCAGCUACGAUUCUGAAGUGUUCAAUGGUGGAUUUCAGAUGGAUAUCCGUUUGAGCCUCCUAAAAUGCAGUUCAUAACAAAAGUGUGGUACGUACUCGAUGCAUACUCAUGGUAUUUGUUACAUUCAAUUUGCUUUACAUUCCUCUUGCACAAUGUACCCGUGGGAAAAAUUUAUCUGUCGGUUAUUUUUAUUUGAAGCCUUUACAUUCGCAUCUAAUAUUCCAUUACUAAUUUUCAACUUUCUGACUUCUGUUCAGUUAUCCCUGAAAUCUAGCAGGACCUGGGAUAAUAAUAUUGUGCUGUAUGUUGGACAGGAAACUGAUACCAUCAAUAUAUGCCACAAUACUUCCAAGAUCAUUUUGUCAAGUUUUUUCACGUGGUCCUCAGGUUUAUAUAUGUAGAAAAAAAAAUUAUAUUCUGAUUGUAACCGAUAGUUUGGUCUCUAUGUUUAUUUAUUUCCUUGUGGUCAUAAGUUCCAUCAAGACUGUUCGUGUUGUUUAAUUUAUGUACAAUGUUUUUUUUUUAAAUUCCUUUCAUUAAUUUUCAUACCUAUCAGUGUGAUUAACUAAGGUUUUUGCGUUGCUGGCCUGUUUGUUUUGACCUUAUAUUGAAUCAGACUUCACGGAUAAAUGUACUUUUCAAAAAGAAGAACCUAUCAAAAGUUCAGUUGGAUCAGUUGUCAGGGCCAUAGAAAAUAUCUAUAUUUGUGAAGGUACGCAGAGAAAAUGGGACAAUUAUGUUAAGCUAUCUUGUUGCUGAUAGACUCAAUCAAUCUUCUGUACAGAAUCAGAUAGUUGCCGUCCUGAGUUAAUUUUGAUACGUUUUAAAUUGUAUCUGAGGUUAACGUAGUACAACAUUUCGGACUAAUUGCAUCUGUAUAGGAGGUUGGAAAAUUUGACCCGAGAAGUGAUGAAGGUAGACUCUUAGGAUACAGUGAGAGUUCUAGAGUCUUCAGGGUAUACAAUAAGAGAAUAUUAGUUGUUUAAGAAACCAUAAUUGUUCACUUUAUUGAGGAACAUGAGGAUAAGAUCAAUAUGGAUAACUUAGAAGAAUUCCUAGAAAGCAGAUUUCAUGAAAUAUACAUGGACGAUAAUGCUGAUCUCCCACAACUAAAGGAUGAUCCAGAAAAUGAAAACAUCCUUCAGAAAAUAAAUUAUGUGAAGAAUCAUCCCAUUGAUCAAAUUUUAAUUGAGGUUCAUAUGGGAAUACAAACACGAUCGAAAUUGAAGAAGGUAGAAAACAUGAGUGCUCUGAUUUCUUAAACACGACCUAAAAACGUGGAUGGCGAAAUAUUAUUUUGAAUCAGAGCUUUUGAUCUUUGCUUAUCCUUUGUUGGAAUAACAUUCUGGGGUUUGCAACAAUAACUUGGUAUAUCUUCCAUCAGUGUCAUGCUUCGUUGCGAGCUACAUUUGUCUUGGUAUGUCUGUCUUUAUGGAAUUCGCCUUUAUUAUGGACAGAAAAUCUAUAAACGAAAGCAUGGAGAGAUGACAGUGUGCAAUGAUGUGUAUUCUAAUGGUCCAUUGAAAAAUAUUAUCGAAUGUGUCUCGACAAAAUCUGUUUGAUGAUAGCCCAAAAUAGAAUAUAACGUCAAAUCUUAGUUGAUGGAGUUCAAAUAAAACUAUAGAUUUAUAAGGAUUUGAUGCAAUAUAAGUAAAAAAUAGUAUUUACUGAAUAAGUCCUCUCCCAUAUGUCCCUCAAAUCACGAUACCGCCACUGCCUUGAGGUUUUCCAAUGGAUCCACAUCCGAUCCCUACUCAAACCAAAUAAUCUAAACCUAGUGCCGAUUUGUAUUUUGGAUAUUUUUUAUUUAUUUAGUGUCUCGAUAAGUUACCUUAAUGAAAUAAAAGUUAUCCUAUGAGUUUGGCUUCAAUAUAAAAUGCUUAGACAUAAUUGUCUUAGGCCAAAAGAACACAAGGGACUUAUUUACAAGGAUCCCUGAUGUUAAUGCAGCCUUUGCUAUAUUUUUCCAUCUCCCUCAAGACUCUACGGCCUCCUGGGUGAGGAAAGGUAGUUUUACCUGGCUGUAAUCUCAAGCUCAGCUGAUGGCUGAUUUCAGCUCUGUGAUCUGGAAGCUAGGAGUGGGCAUGAGGAGUUGGUUUAUAUGGCAACAGAGAUGAGCAUCUCUUUUACACCAUCUAUAGCACUGGAUAAUGACAACCCACCUGUCAUGGUGGGAACAGAUCGGGGACCGAUUUCAACACCAUGGGCAGUCUCCCAUCACAUCUGGUGACGUCUUGUUCUCUGUGGAGCAGGCCGACCAUUCUCAUUCACUGGUCCUUGCCUCUGUAAUAUUAUAAGUUUCCGUCAAUUAUAGAAGUUUAAUUCUUAGAAAAAAUAGAAAUGCCAUGAAAAUAAACUGUGUUUCAAUAAGUCAUCUUCGUGUGGGUUUGUACCAAGGUGGGCAAGAAAUCACUUUCGAAUUGCUCUUACUUACCUCUGGUUAAAACCAUGUACGUCGGUAGCUAUCAUUCAUGGCACGUCAUGCUAUUCACGGCUGAAAAUCUGUUCGUUGUUUCAUUGACCUCUUGCUUUCUCUCGCAAGGCACCCGAAUAUCAGCAGCCAGAACGGAGCCAUUUGCCUAGACAUCUUGAAGGACCAAUGGAGCCCGGCUCUCACCCUGAAGACAGCGCUGGUGUCUCUACAAGCGCUGCUGUCCACACCGGAGCCGGAUGAUCCCCAAGACGCCGUGGUUGCUCAGCAGGUCAACCCCCUCCUCCCCCGUUGACUUUACUCUCUUCACUCUACCUGCACUAUCUUCCUUUCUCUCGAUCCACUCUUGCCGGCUUAUGUUUCCGUUCCGGCAGUAUCUACGCGAUUAUCCAACGUUCGUCGCCACAGCUCGCUAUUGGACGGAAGCUUUCGCGAAGAACGUCAAUACUGGCACCGAGGAGAAGGCAUGAGGACUGUGUUUUAAGCCUCUGACCCCCAGAUGGGCCUCCAAACUGCGAUCUUUGACGCGCCAUUCCUUGGCAUCCGCAGGUGCAGAAGCUCAUGGAGAUGGGAUUCCCGGAGGAUCUGGUGAGGACUGCGCUGGAGGCGGUCAACGGGGACGAAAACUUGGCGCUUGAGAAGCUCUGCUCCUGA